ACCUGAACAACAAGCAUUUCAACAUGUCCGAAUUGUUAUUGCGAAUGCGAAGUGUCAUUAUUCUCUGACGUGAUGAUUGGAUUUAGCUAGUCUAGACUUAGUUUUUUUCCCCUUGCAAUCCUUUGAGUCGAAUCCCUAGUGGCCAUUUUAGUGAAAUUGUGAUGGGCGCUAAAUCUAGCACAGCGAAUGGGGACGAUUCUAGUGCAAGGGAUAGGACUUUUUCAACUAGCAGCAGUUCAGAUGUCUCCGUCGUUACGGGCAGUGGCGGGCUUAGUUUGCUACGUUCUUUGCCCAGCGUAGUCUCCAGUGACAACCGGCAGAGGGCUAGAUCCUUAUCCAGUGUCCCAGAUAGUCAUGAAAACAUAGGUGUAACCAAUCGGAAUGAUGGCAACUAUAACAUCUCAGAGUCACCCGAGACAGAUAGCAGCUCCGCAGAAGAUCAUGUGCUAGACAGCCCGAUCUCAGCAAACAUUAGUCUUGGUCGAGUUUACGCAGCACAGUCUCUACCUUCUCACAUAUGGUCUUGGAACGGUUUAAAGUGUCCUGUUUGCUCCAAGUUUGUUCUCCCAGACGACAUAGAAUGCCACCUUGUCAUGUGCCUAACCAAACCUAGAUUAAUUUAUAAUGAGGAUGUCUUAACAGAUGAUAAAGGGGAAUGCGUGAUUUGUUUGGAAGAUUUAACUGAAGGGGACACCAUUGCCAGGCUGCCUUGCUUAUGUAUCUACCACAAAAGUUGUAUUGACAAAUGGUUUGAUGUGAAUCGAUCAUGUCCAGAGCACCCUGGUGACUAGAGGGCCCUGGAUUUGUACAAAAAUAUGCUAUUGUCACAAGACUGGUCACAUUCGCGACGCAACGUUCGGCACUCUGCACAAGCUCAAAAAGGAGACUUGAAACUCUCUUAAAAUGGAAGUCUUUGCUCAACAAAAGCUCAUCAAUCGGCCAAAAUCGUUCGGCCCGCUGGUUUGAGGAUUUAUUGAUUCAUCGGUGAGGUCUAAAUUAGCCUUUCAUUUUAAGUAUGUGGAGAGUGCUUCAAAAAUUUCCAACGAGGAACAUCAUUCACCCAUGGGAGUAUCACCAUCAAAGACCAACAACUCCUUUGGUAACCAAAAAAUUGCAUUUUAUUCUUAGGUGAAUUUUCACUCCAUUUCUGAGUUUUUUGUUCAAUUUCGUGCUUUCAAAUUGUGUUUGCUUCAAGAAAAAAUUCAGAACCUAUGGUAGAAUUCCCUCGGAAUUUGAAGAUUGUAUUUGUCUCUUGAAAACCUCAUAAAUUUCACUGUGGUAUAGACCUCUGGCAUGCCCCAGGAAUUUGCAAUCCUUGGCAAUGGUGCCACCAAAUACCUCCCGAAUGAACUGAUAAGCUGAAAGAAACCAUUCAAAGUUAAGGCUUUCAUGGAGGGAAUCUUUGACGGUUUGAGAGUCUACCUCUGUACCCAGUCAAACUCUCCAUAUGAAGUUCGAGAUCAAAUAGAUCACUAGGGUUGCCGUUGCUGCAAGCUAAAAAUUUACCAUUUUGACCCUCAGAGUUCCCACACAAGAUUGCAACCCUGCUGGUGUAUUUGCUCCCCAUUUGCUUAUAAUGUCAGACUAGGUGAGUCCUCUCAUCAUGCCAGGCAUCUCCUCCAACUUUUAUAAGCUCUCUGAAAGUUUUUUUUAAGCCUGAAUGGUCAUUUUUGCAAAAAUGCUUGUCACAAUUGCGUUACUCACAAAAUUUUACAUGAGAUGAGGUAUUUAUAUUACAAUUCUUAGUGGCGUGUAAGAGCUCUAAUCUAGCAUCAAUUUUUUUUCAAAACUGCCCGUAAAGUGUGUCUCUGUCGACUUCACUAAAGAAUUCAUAGAAUUCAGAAAUAGAUCUUGAUCCAUGUAAUUUUGUGUACAAAACCAAGUAUCUUGAUAAACUGUCAUCAUCAUCCGAAUGUUUUACUUUUUGAUCAGAGUAUGUAAGAAAAUUUUCUACGCUGUUAAUGCUUUACUAGCACAACUGUAAAAACAAGCACUCAUAUUAUCCUGAGAGCCAGUGUGGCUAAUGUACACAAAAGCAGAUGACGCUAGAACAUGUUCAAAAUUGUUAAGUUUUUUGCGCUCUGCAAACUGUGGAAUUUUAUCAUAUUUUAACCUCCAGUUAAUCAGUUCUAUGACUUUGCCAUCAAGGACCAUUUCUACGUCUCAUGAUGCCAAGAUUCUAACAUUCAUAAUGAAUUCAACUUGUGUUUCCCUUGAAUAUUUUUCUCUAUAAUUCAACAAAUAUUUACAUUGAUUGUGUCUGAGGUAAAAAAUAAGUAUCCAAGUUUGAACGAUCUUUUAGAGAAAUGUUUUAAUCCUUCACUUACUAUUCAGGCAUUUUGAACGCAGUAUGGAGUAUGAGGAUACUAUUUGUCAGUAUGUUCUGAGACACAGCCUUAAAAUUAAGCCUAUACAUGAACACAAGGAAUAUUAAACGCAAAUUACAAUUGAAUCACAUUUAACAGAUAUUAUGAGAAACAAAGAAAAGAAGGUUCCAGCCAGGAUAUAUUGGCAGCCUCAAAUAUAUUGAUCUUACAGGGUGAAUUUAGUCUUAAAAUUCAUCCAUGUUUCUUGACUAUACAUAUUUUUGGUUCAAGCAAAAUAUGCUAGAUCUGUGAUCACUUUCAAUCCUAGUAUUGCAAAAACUUUGCCACUCAACAGGAAAAGAUGGUCCUUGGUUGCUUGGAUGUGAUCAAAAUAAUUUCACUUCAUACAAAGGUAAAAAAUUUAGAUUUACUCCGUAGAAUCACAAAUAUGCUGAUCAUUAUGUUUUUAAUAUGUGCUGUUGUUGUCUAAAAAUAUCAAAGCAUCAGUAAAACACUGAAAAAUGAAUAUUCACAAAUGAAAAAUUCUCUCGCGAGAGCCCCUAUGGGAAAAUUUAUUUUUGUUUAAAAGAAAGAGAAGUAACAGCCUUAGCAAUUCAAGUAAAAGCUGUUGUUUAUGCGAAGGCUGUAUACAUGUAUACAAAUGUGGGUUCUUCCACCAUAGUGAAAUUGACGUAGCAGGUGACAAAUACUUGGAAAAACUUUCAGUGCGCAUUAGAUUUUUAAACCACCAAACAGGAAAUAACUUCCAAAUUAAUAUGUAGAGUCAGUGGUGCACAUUAAGUAUAUUCAGAUUUUAUGUUUGAAGUCGGGUGUUUGUCCUUUAACUUAGGCAUAAAAUAAUGAACCACUAGACAAGUAUGAACUAAAGCAUUAUAAUUCUUAUUUUUUAAUCAAAAUUUAACAAAGAAUUUGAUUCGGAUAGUAAAAAUCGCUUCAAUUAACUUUUAAUUAAGAUAUUAACGUUUUCAGUCAACAUUGGUCAUAGGAAAUGUGAGUUGCCCGCCCACAAGAAAAACAUCACUGUUGGUGAGUCUUAUCGCUGACUACAACAGAUGUGGCAGGCUUCUUAAUGAAGCAGUGUUCCUCUCCUACCAUGUGUUGUGUACAGUGUAAACGACAUGCAAAAACUGAACCAAAGUGGUAGGAUUGAGGUUGUCAUAUUUUCAUGCUGCAGAGACUAUUAUGGGAAAGUUUAGUGUGUGCUUUGACUUAUAUAAAGUUUUGUUUUUUCAAGAGCGGGAGGUUUGAGUUUACGCAUUGAAAAACCUUGAGUAUCUCAGAUAGGAGUUAAUUUAAGCAAUUUUCACCGCUCAAAUCGUGUUCUAUGUCAAAUUUUAAGUAAGAGAAAUGAAUCAGAAUGCUUUAAUUUGUUCAUUUUCUUGCAGUUCAUUUUGAAAAGCCAUAAAGGAGAUAGGGCUGAAGUAAUUCCAGAAAGGUUUUUUAUACUGUUUCUCAAAAGAGCACAAAAAGUGUCCGUAUGGACUCAUGGUCUGGGAUAAUUCUCUAUCACUUUGGAGCUCUCUAAAGAGGUCUCUGUCUGUAAUCUAAACCGAUUAUCAUUUAAUUAGUGUCACAACAUCUUCGAAUCUUCUCAGGCUCUGUCAAAAAUGAUCGUCGGCAAUUUAAAUCAAGAAAUCAUUAUUUGUUCAAUAUUUAGAGUCUCAUAAUUUGCAAAUUGACAAAAAUUCUCUGGAUCAUAUCUAUUGUCAUUCACUUUAAAAUUGCAUUUCUCAUUGAUUUUUGCAGGAAAAUUUGUUAAGAUUUGCAUUGAUAACUUUCUACGAAUUCUUAGACCAAUGAAACAGCUGAAAUUAGUGAAGAAGGCGAAAAAGUUAAUAGACAAAUUUCACAACAAUUGGAUUUUUAUUAUAAAAGGCUCGGGGAUUGAAAUCAUCUAAGGUAAAGGUAUCUUUCAAUUUUAGUCCAUCAUUCAUUGGUUGCUGAAGCUAAAGCAGGAAAGCCACAGGAAGCAGCUCAAUUUUGGUUCACAAUCUGUAAAAUUUUUCAACCUCUGAGCCUUGCUAAUUUUGUGCAGAUUUUUAUUUUUCCAGUAAAUAAAGUCUAGUUCAUACGUUAGGCAGUGACAUUAGAGCCCUACAUAGAGUGCAUCAGUUGGGAAAAAACAAAGAAAUCAAAUGUAAAAAUCAAGUAUCAACUGAGCGUCAAAAACAUGUGCAACUCGAUUAUUAUUUUAGUAAGUUUACUAUUCUUCAUUAGCUAUUCGACUUACAUGAAAGGAAGAAAUGUCAGAAAAUCUAUAAGAAACUUAAGCUUUGAAGAUUUGAUUCACGAUUCAUAUUUGAAGCAAAGUUGCUCACAAUUGGAUGGGUGGAUGGUGGGACCUAAAAAGUCUUAUUGCUUUGCAAUUGCCUUUGAAGAAACAUCUGUAUUUUUUUUCUUUUUUUUUUACUAUGUAAUAAUAUUAAUUAUUUCAAAAAUAAAUUUUCACCAUUUACUUUAUUUGCAAAUUGCAAUCUAAAAGCAUACGAAGAUUUUAAACCAGAAAACACAAACGAAAAUAAUGCUACUUCUUGCAAUUGUUACUUUCAUGCUUUAAAAAUUAGAAAGUCACAAGUUUUGAGUCAGCUGUGAAAUGAAAAAGGUGGCAGUGUGCCUGCAUCCAUUUGGCAUAUGUUAAUUUUUAAGAAAGGAUAAUGUAAUAUUGUAUGGCUGUAACUGGGAGUGCUGUAAAGUAUGUUCUGUUGAAUUAUUGUGAUUUUAUUUAGUUCUUUAUUUCCACCCUAUUGAAAGGGAAACUACGAACAAAGCAGGACUCAUCUCUGCAACGUGUUUUGUUGCAAGUAGUGAGGAACACAACUUUGUUAUAGUUAUUUCUGUUUAAUAUUUUUACCAGUUAAGAAGACUGUUCAACGAGAUUUGUUGAACGCUUUUGAAUAAAACAUUGACAUUUUGUUUUUAA